GUACUGCAUAGUAUUUACUGCCAGCGGGUCGGCUCCAUAUCGACAUUGCCAGACUAGUACGUACAUGCAUUCGCUACGAAACAGCUGCAUGUUUUGGUUGUAAUAGUAACGCCACAAUGCCGAGACCAAAGCAGCAACAUGAAGUGGUAUUUCGACGGUUCUGCACGACCCAUGUCAGGGUGAUGCAACGCGCCAGGUCCAGCCCUUCGGGGCUCGUCUAUGCGAAAUGAUGCUGCCCAGACCUAUUGGUCAGCCGGAUCGGCAAUGGUGAUGGGACUCUGGCAUUUGCCUUGGGGCCUGAGGCUCGUCAAGCCGGCUGGAGGCUUUCAAGACGGCGAGAAGCAGGUCGGUACCCACCCUGGCUGGCAAGCUGGGUGCCACUCCGCGUUGCGUUGCUGCGAGAUUGUCUCUCUCUCUCGCUUUGCCAGGAUUAAGCACCAAGCCAUACUGCAGCCCUGCUACGAGUACGAACCACUGACACUUAAUCCGUACAAGCACCAGACAGACCAGAAUCGUAAGAGAGCCCCUGCAAUACUAUCCGGUGUAGUCACCGCGUGGCAAAGCCAAUCGGUAGGUGGUCAGGCCUCGACAACGAAAACAUGGGAGCCCAAGGCCUUGCUCCAAACCUCGUGGCUCACCGGCACCGACGGCCUAAAGCAGGACAUAGGCCGAAAUCCUGCGGCCCCCGAUGUCCACUCACAACAGCGGACCAAAAAUGCCGCCCUUGAUUUUUAGCCACUCAGCUGUGCCGAAGCAUACGACGCCUUUCGUGAUUUGCCGCUUCGUUACAUGACCAGCCCCCCCCGCUUGUUUCGACGAGAAGGUAGGGACGAAGGAGAGAGAUAGAGAGAGAGUCUCUCGAUAUAGGCCAAAUAGGUACUCUGCUCUUCUCUAUGGCAGACGAA